AUGAGUAUUUCAGCAAUUAGAAUAAAUGCAACAAUAACACCAGCAAAAGCAGCAAUAAUUAUAGUUCAUGGUUUAGGAGAUUCAGGAUCAGGUUGGAGUUGGUUUGCUCAAUUAGUUGAACAAACUAAAAUUAUAACUGAUUCAAAAUCAAUAAAUUAUAUUUUCCCCAAUGCUCCAAUUAUUCCAAUAACUGCAAAUAAUGGUGCAAAAAUGCCUGGUUGGUUUAAUAUUUUUGAAUUGGGAAAGGCUGAUGCUAAACAAGAUAUUGAUGGAUUUUUUAAAAGUUGUAAUGUUUUAAAAGAUUUAGUUGAUGAACAAAUUAAUAAAUAUAAUAUACCAGCUGAUAAAAUUAUAAUUGGUGGUUUUAGUCAAGGAGCAGCAUUAUCAUUAGCUACUUUAUCUUUAUUAAAUUAUAAAAUUGGAGGAUGUAUUGCAUUAUCUGGAUUUUGUGGAGUUACUGAUGAAAUAACAAAAAGACAUCAUAAAAAUAUAAAUUAUGAUACUCCAAUUUUUCAAGGUCAUGGUACAAUUGAUCCAAUAAUAAAUUAUAAUUAUGGUAAACAAACAAGUGAAUUUUAUAAAAAUUUAGGUUUUAAAAAUUUACAAUUUCAUACUUAUGAAGGUACUCCACAUAGUGCAAGUGAAGAAGAAUUAAUUGAUGUUGUUAAAUUUAUAAAAUCUAUAGUAGAGAAGUAA